AUGAAAGAUGUGAUUAUGAAUGAAGAAAAAUGUAAUGAUAUUGAGAAAUAUUAUAGGAACCCUUUUAUUAGUACGAAAGAAGAUUAUUUACAUGAAAGGAUUGAAAAGAUUAUAUGUUCGAUACUCCUAAGCAGAAAUAUAAAGAAAGCCAACUGUUUAGUGCUGGAUAUAUUAUUUGAUAUAUUUAUGAAAAUAAUAAAAACGAUAGGAUAUCAUUGUAAAAAAUUAUCAUCUCUUAGAGGUAGUCAUGUUGUAAAUUAUAUAGAUAUAAAAUAUUGCCUAAAAUUAGCUUUUUAUAAUAUAUAUAAUGAAAUAUAUAUAUUGAAAGAUUAUUCCAAACUAUAUCAAGAUAUUAUUUAUUAUCAUAUAUAUGAUGAAGAUGACAAUAAUAAAAAUAAUCUACAUAAUAACAAUGAAAUUAAUAAUAACAAUUUUAUUAUUUGUGAUGAUAAUCAAGAACAUGUAGGAGAAGAUGAUGGAUUUUAUAAUAAGAAUGAAGAAAGUAAUUUAAGAAAAUCCACAUGUUCAAUGAAGGUAAUAAAAGAAAAAGAAAAUUAUAUUAAUGUUGUUCAAAAUUCUUAUUUAUAUUAUAAACAUUUAUGUACUAAAAAAAAUAAUAAUACAUAUGAUGUAAUAAAUAAUCUUAAUAGUACUAAUAAUUUAUUUACAAAUGAAUUUAAUAACAAAAAUAUACAAGAUGGUAAUUUAUCAAAUAGCGAAUGUGUUAAUAUUUUAUCUUUGAGAGAAAAUAUUAAUGUCGAAAAAUAUAAAGAAAUCAUGAUGUUAAAAAAAAAUUAUAUACAUGAUCAUAUGCCUAUUAUACCUUUAUCAAUAAAUAGAAAAGAAAAAAUAACUGGAUUUAUAAAUGAAAAGGAUAAUAAUACAUAUGACCAUAUGAAAUUACAAUCAAAUAAUUUAUUAAACAAUGAUGAACAAAAUAUACAUUCAUCAUCCUACUCAUCAUCUUCGUCAUCAUCCUCUUCAUCAGAUGACAGUCAGGAAAGCAAAAAAAAAUUAAGCGAUUUUUCAAAUAAAAAUUAUAAUUAUUUAAACAAAUACAAUGAUCAUUCGAAUUUAUCACAACAUAUAAUAAAUGAACAUACUAAAGAAAAUAUAUCAAAAGAAAAAAUUGAAAUAUUAAAUCUUCUUCCAAGAUUAAAAGAUAUUUAUGUACAAAAUGCAAAACAAAAAAAUGACCUGAACAAGUCAGAAAGUCAGGUCUUUAAUUCGCUUAACAUAUUUGAGCAGUUCGAUUAA